AUGCUGGUAAUCGCGGCAGGCGAAGACAUCAACCCGCUGAUUAAGUCAAGUCACGUGUUUCUGCCACAGUUGUUGCCACAAAGACUAUCAAUAGGAGGAAUCCCAAACACAUUCGAGAAAGAAUACUUUCAGUUUAGUCUUGACGAAUUUAAAGGCAUCACCCACGAAUCUGAGCACACCGUAAAAGCCCAUAACCUGAAAGGUCAACUGCCUGAAGGGAGCAUGGAAUCUUUGGCCACAACCAUUCGUUUCCUCACGCUGAACUGCCGAACACUAUCGAGUGAACUCCAACAAGCCGCUCUUUCCAGACUUCUGCGAUAUCUUUGUGUGCCUUUUGCUGCACUGCAGGAAAUACGCAUGAGAGAUCCGCCCGUCAUCAGCAUCAAAAAUUACACCAUAUACUGCGGCGACGCUGAUGAGAACAAAUCAUAUAACUGCACAGCAGAAACCAGUGCCAACAACUGGGCUGUACAGUGCCAGAACAGGGACUCGGGGACAACUAUUUAUGCUGAAACCAGAUACAUCUUUCAGGGCACUACUGCUGCAAAAGACACUAUCACAAGAACGGCUAUUAACUCCUGGAGGGAUGAAGUAAAUACUGGCAGUCUGCCUCCGGCCGGCACGAAACCGCAGAAUAUUUACCAAACAAAUCUUGGAAUAAAAAACUUUGCGAAGAUGGUUUGGGACACUGAGACUGGAGUUGGCUGCUCGAUAAAUAGAUGCUCCUCAUUUACGAACGUGGUUUGCCACUUUACUCCAAGAGGAGAUGUUGCUGGUACUCCAAUCUACAAGACAGCAGUGUGUUUGCCGUCUGAUAUGAAUCUGGUAUUGAGUAGUGGAAUUGGUGGAACCGAAACUGAGCUGAGAGUGAAGGUGAAAGACUUCCACCUAACAGAACUUGGAAAAAAGCAAUCGCAUCCUGGUCCUCCGCAGGAUUCUACACAAGCUGUAUUGCCUGGAUAUUGGUUUCUUUCUGCAAGUUCGGGUAUGAUGCUUGAUGAGUUUAUUGACGCGCAUUUGUCACCUGUACAUGAGCCACUAUGGGGACAGCGCUUGCUAUCCGCUACUUUGUGGACAGUGUCUCUAGCGAACAUGUCUGUCUCUGGUUCGCAAUUGAGGAGAAGCGAUUUCCAUUGA